GCCGCCCACGUGACUGAUCACAUGGUCAGAACUUUGUAACAGGUCCUUCUGUCUCCCCGCAGAGUUCAGUGUCCGCCUUGCGUUGUUAUUAGCCGGAGCAAUGCGCGCUAUGACUGAGGCGCUGUGCAGAUGGAGCGCUGCUGCCAGGCUCCUACUGCGUCUUCACCCAACAUAUGCUGGACAAUUGGGUGUGGUAAGAGCAGCUAGCAAUAACCCGACACAAAGUGACAGCUCUACAAAGCCACCUCUGAAGAAACCAAAGACCCCUCAAGGACGUUUUGAUGAAACUGAAGAGACUACAAAAGAGAGAGAGCCACUAGAAAGAUUCCCAGACGAUACCAACCCCAUUACAAAAGAGAAAGGUGGCCCUAGGGGGCCCGAACCUACUCGCUAUGGAGACUGGGAGAGAAAAGGGAGAUGUAUAGACUUUUAGUGCUACUAGGAAAAGUGUUUAAAGGGAUUAUGCCAUGAUUAAUGUAAAAAAGGAAAAUCGGACAACAUAUAGUACAUAACAACAGUCUCUUCCUAGAACCAGCCCUAUACCUCACAUGGAUCCAAAGAUCUCCCCAUUCAUUGCUCGCUAUAUUUAUAUCAAGCUGACGGCUCAGGGGGAGUGUCCUUUCUGCUGUAGCUCUCUUCCCAUCACAGCUCAGAAAGCAGUUGAAGGAUGGAACUGAGAAUGUGCGUCUAUGUUUUGAGUAAGGCUAAUUUAACACUGGUGUCAGGGAAGUCCAGCGGGUGAACAGCCUGUCGGAUCUGUCCUGCCGCUAGUUCACGUGUGCCCCUGGACUGCUGCUCC